UCGGGAAUUCAUCCCGGCCAUGGGUCACAAGGUGCACAAGCCGGGAGACGAGCAUCGUUUCCAUUCACUGACUCAUCCUCACGUGCACCCGCCAGCCGGCAGUCCGCGCCUCCGACGAACUCGCAUUCCGUCACGCGUGCUUGUGCAAACUAAGGCGGUCCUGUCGCGGCAGGCGAAGCGCCUUGCACGAAAAGCCGACGAGCUCGAACACGUGAUCUCCAAAGUUACAUACUGCUUAGGCGUUCUUUGCUUCGGCAUCUUCUGUUUUCUCCUCGGAUCCCGGCCCUAUGACGUUCCUCGUUUAUACGCCGCCUUCUUCCUCAUGGCCACACCCCUCCGCUGGAUCUACUACCGCAGCAAGAAAUGGCACUAUUUUCUUCUCGACUUCUGUUACUACGCGAAUGCGAUUCUGGUGGCCUUUCUCGUCUUCUUCCCCAUGAGUCAGCACCUCUUCCUCGUCUGCUUCGCUUUCUCUGAGGGUCCCUUAGCCUGGGCGCUCAUUGUAUGGCGGUGCAGCCUGGUGUUCAGCUCAGUGGACAAGAUCGUGAGCGUGCUGAUACACCUGUUACCCGGUACUGUCAUCUUCAUUAUCCGCUGGUGGGACCCGGUGACCUUCCACCACCACUCAGCGGACGACACGGGCCCCUGGCCUGCUUGGCCGCAUGUGGCGAGUAUGGGCGAGCUGUGGGUGUGGAUGCUCGUCGUGCCGCUCAUCGCCUACAGCCUGUGGCAGAUCCUCUAUUGGUUGGUGGUGGAGGUGCUGAGGAAGCGUCGGCUGGUGAAGGACCCAGAGGUGAUGACGUCAUUCCGGGAACUUUCCAAGAAGGCCUCCCGUGCCAACAACUUCUGGUGGUGGCUGAGCGGUGUGUUGGGGGAUUCGAACCGCUUCUUUAUGUACGCCCUCAUUCAGGGCGUCUUUACGGUGGCCACAGUAGCUCUCACAGUGCCCAUGUUCUGCAGCUACCGCUUCCACGCACUCUUCCAGAUCUUCAAGAUCGCUGCCUCCAUCUGGAACGGGGGAAAUUUCAUAUUCGAUGUGCUGCCACGUCAAGUGCAUGCCAAGCGAAUGAAGAAAGCAGCCAAGGCAGCAGAAGGAAGAGGGGCUAGUAGCGGUACAGAGAAGGACCCUCUGGUGGAAAGCCCGAGCUGGGAUGCGCAUUCGGGUAGCAGGGAGGAGCGCCGGGCAGAAAAACGGGCAUCUGCGGCCGAGGCGGCAGAUGCAGCGGCGUCGUUGGAUGGGGCUUUUGUUCCGCCUAUCAGCGGGGAUUUCCUGUUACCGGGUAACAACUCGUGGAGCCACGUGGGGGUGAAUGGCAGUCUCGCUGCAUACAGGGCAAGUGUGCGGGGCAAAGGGCAUGGAGGGGAGGAGGAAGAGAGUGAUGAUGAGGUACUGUACACCAUGCGUCUGUACGGCAUGCCUGGGGCGCACCAUGCUACUGACGAGGAUGACCUUAGCGAGGACGAAGAAGAUGACCCUGACAGCUCAGCAGAAGCCGGUACCGGCAGCGGUUACCUGGCGCGCACAUCAACAGGUUUAUUCGGCAGUGGAGGCUCAACCGGGGGAGGCUUAUUCGGCGGAAGCUCCUUGGCUGGCGGAGGGGGAAGCGGAGGAAGCAGCGCGGAUGGCGGUGGUAGCGGCGGAGGAGGGGGAAUGGGAGGGGGAGGGGGGGGUAUUCAGAGGAUGGAGUCAAGUCUGUGGGGAGGGUGGUGGUCUGAACUGUGGCAGGAUAGGCAGCCGCAGAAGCUCCACGCCGUGAGGCCUGCUGGGGGCUCCAGUGGCAACAGAAGACAAGUGUCGGUGCGUGCUGCAUGUGCUCUUGUCGGUGGGUGGAUAUGCCUGGGAACGCCGAGUGCAGAGGACGCUGCUGCGUGGAUCGAUGCAAUCACCAAGGCACUCACUCUGCCGCCGCCGCCUCUGCUCACCCCAGCGGCCGACGCCUCAACCCAGCCGUCACAACCGUCACACCCAUUACAACAACCGCCGCACCCAUUACAACCGUCCCCACAGUCCAAGUCUGCUUCGUCUUCCUCACCGGACCUCAUAGGCUCUCUGACUUCAGCCCGAGGCACAUCCCUUACCUCUUCUGCUCUUCCCCCCCGUCUCUGUAUGUGCCUCUGCCUCCCAUACCCCAGUUCCCCGCAGGCUAAGUCUGCUUCGUCUUCCUCACCGGACCUCAUUGGCUCUCUAAUUUCAGCCCACGCCCCAUCCCUUGCCACGCCAGCCGCCGCUGCUCAUUCCCUCUUUGGCGCCCCACCUUCGUCUGCUGAUCGUGCAGCAGCACAGCCCUGUCAACCGGUGCUGCCAGCUGCUGCUGCUGCCUCUGCUGCUGCUGCUGCUUCUGGUGCUUCUCCUGCUGCUGCUGACAGCGGAUCUGGCAGUGGGGGGGACAGCAGCGGCAUGCUCACUCCUCCCACGGGCUCCUCUCCCGCUCUCUCCUUCCAGCCUACCCCAUCCCCCUCGUCCCCGCUCCUCCCCACCCACUCCCCCCUCGACUCAUUAUCUCUCACCCGAAGCUCCGGUGGGGUUGUUGGCCCUGGGCAGGGAACAGUUGGUGGGGCAGGGGCAGGAGGGGGGGCAGGUGCGGGAGUGGCAGGGUCAACCAGGGUGGCAUCAUCUUUUGACAGGCCAGGCUCCCAUGCACCGCCUUCCCAGCAGCAGCAGCUGCCCUCCUCGUCCUCCCACGCUCCUCCUCCUCCUCCCGCCUCCUCCUCCCCAUCAUCUGCUGUUGUUGCGUCGCAAUCCAAGUGGCGCCUCGACCGCUGCCAGAACGGUCCGUGCCUGGCUGAAGUGGUGUGGGUGUUUGCUGCGUGGCUUCGUUUCUUUGAGGAGGCCAGCAGGACGCCCAUUCUCCACCGCCUAUACAAGUUGCCUGUGAUGAAAGCAGUGGGAGUGGUGAAGGCGGCACCAGAACAGAUAUUAGUUGCCUGUGAUGAAAGCAGUGGGAGUGGUGAAGGCGGCACCAGAACAGAUAUUAGUGGGAGUGGUGAAGGCGGCACCAGAACAGAUAUUAGUGGGAGUGGUGAAGGCGGCACCGGACCAGAUAUUAGGUGGGACGCCAUGUUUGCAGAGGCGCAAGUGGUGGAUGGAGGGGCUUCGAGGGCAACACUCUCUGUGUGGGAUGCCAUGUGGGAUGCCAUGUGGGACGCCAUGUUUGCAGAGGCGCGAGUGGUGGAGGCUAUUGAUGGCCACACAGACGUGGUGGACGAGAUCGAGAGACCUGUGUCUGCUAAGAUACUGGAAGAGAGAAGAAAACGGAACUUACCGUAUGUGACUGACCCUUCUCCCUCUCCUCUCUCCUCGAUUGUGGUGAGUGUGGUGCGUGUGGUGAGUGUGGUAAGACUGCAAACCGCGUUCGCAGGUGACCUUCUCCCUCUGCCCUCCUUGAGUGUGGUAAGACUGGCAAACCUUACCCGGCUCUCCUCCUUUGUGCAACUGCCGCGCUUGUUGUGGCGCCUCAAAACAUCCCCGCUCUUCUCCUCCUCUCUGCGCCUCGUCCUCUGUGCACUGCUGCGGUUGUGGAACACGUAUUGGAGAUGGAUGUGUCAGGGUGGUCCUCAUGGAUUGAUUGAGAGGUGUGAUCUCGUCCCCACCCCGCGCCUGUGCUACUCUUUUCCUCACGUACGGGUGGAGCACGUGUUAGAGAUGGACGUGUCAGGGUGGUCCUCAUGGAUCGGCAUCGGCCUGUCAUCGCAUCCCGCGCAUCUCCGCGACUCCUUGCUGCUCCGAGUCGCUGAGCCAUUUGAUGAGGAGCCAUUUGAUGAGGAGCCAUUUGAUGAGGAGCCAUUUGAUGAGGAGCCAUUUGAUGAGGAGCCAUUUGAUGAGGAGCCAUUUGAUGAGGAGCCAUUUGAUGAGGAGCCAUUUGAUGAGGAGCCAUUUGAUGGGGAGCCAUUUGAUGAGGAGCCAUUUGAUGAGGAGCCAUUUGAUGAGGAGCCAUUUGAUGAGGAGCCAUUUGAUGAGGAGCCAUUUGAUGAGGAGCCAUUUGAUGAGGAGCCAUUUGAUGAGGAGCCAUUUGGUGAGGAGCCAUUUGAUGAGGAGCCAUUUGAUGAGGAGCCAUUUGAUGAGGAGCCAUUUGAUGAGGAGCCAUUUGAUGAGGAGCCAUUUGAUGAGGAGCCAUUUGAUGAGGAGCCAUUUGAUGAGGAGCCAUUUGAUGAGGAGCCAUUUGAUGAGGAGCCAUUUGAUGAGGAACCUUUUGAUCUUUCCCACCACCUCUCAAUUCUUUUCCUCCUAUCCUCGUCCCUUUUCCCCUCCCCACCAGGCCUGAGAGAAUAUUUUGCCUGCAGGGGAGGAGCCCCUCAUUCUGGCUUACUCCUCCCUGGGCAUCCAGCGCCAUCUCAUCUUCCUUGCCUGAGAGAAUAUUUUGCCUGCAGGGGAGGCGCCCCUCUGGCCUACUACUCGCUGGGCAUCCAACGCCAUCUCAUCUUCCCCACCACCUCAGCUAUCAGCACCGGACCCACAGGUGGCUUUAUCUUCUCCGGCCUAGCCUCGGGCUCAGCCACGGGGUCAGGUUCGGGAGCCGGUUCGGGGACGUGGGGCCUGGCGUCCCUGGUUAGCCUCGGAACAGAGGAUGGGAAGAGCCAGGAGGAGACAGGAGGAGGAGGGGGAACAGGGAGAGGAGGAGCAAUAGGGGGAGCAGCAGGAGGGGGGGUGGCUGUGAGUACGGAUAGGGGUUCGGCUGGACUGGGAGGGGCGGUGGCAGCGGCUGUGGUGGCAGCGGCGGCAGCAGCUGUGGCAGCGGGAGGGAAGGGCGAGGUGGGGGGCGAUGGGAGGAGAACCCCCAGGUUGGACCGAGCAUUGUCCAACUUUCUUGAUAUGGAGGACCCCGAUGAGUUCUAUGAGUGCCGCACCAACGCUCCUUCCGAGACGUCUAGUGAUGUGAGUGGCAAGUAUUGUAGGCUGAGCACCAACGCUCCUUCAGAGACGUCUAGUGAUGUGAGUGAUGAGCAUGCAAGCAAGGGGGGGGUGGGAAUCUGGGGAGGUGGGGAGGGUGGAGAGGAGGGCGUGCUGCAGAGGGGCCUGUCAGGAGACAUGGGCGUGCUGCAGAGGGACCUGUCAGGAGUCAUGGUGGACGGUGUAGAUGCUUCUAAGCUCCCUGAUGACUGGUCCCAUGUGCCUCGGGACCUGACCCCUGACUCCCUUUCUCUGCCUCUCUUCAUCGACUGGACCAAGCUGAGCGGCUCUGUGGCCCCCAACCACUCGGGCAAGGGCAAGAACUGCUGGAGCCGACCGGAUUGCAACGUUUACAAGCUGAGGAGCAGGAGCUAUCUGACAGACGGCAGCAUGGCGCCAGCUGGCGAGCCGCUGUGCCAGCUGGUGGCGGUGGAUUGGCUGCGGCCAGAGAAGCACCCUGCAGCCCACGUGGCAGCCCACAAGAAGUGCCUCGUGCAGAGAGUACGGGCCUGCUAUGGAGACCAGGCGCCGUUCUUCAUCCUCAUCAACCUUCAGGUCCCAGCAGGCAAGGAGGUUUACUCCAUGGUCUUCUAUUUCACAGCAGAGCGCCAUGUGCUCGACCUGCCCUCCAUGCGUCGCUUUAUGGGGGCAGAUGACUCCUACCGCAACAACCGCCUGUCCCUGCUGCCAUCUGUGCCUGAGGGCUCGUGGCUGGUGAAGCAGGCAGUGGGGUCGCACAAUGUGGUGAUGGGGCAGGUGAUGGAGACGGCUUACCACUCCACAGAGGAGUACUUUGAGGUGGAUGUGAACAUGGCAUCAUCAUCAGUGGUGCGAGGCAUCAUGGGCAUGGUCUUUGGAUACAUCACAAACCUCGUGGUUGACAUGGCCUUCUAUCUCAAGGGAGAAACUGAGGACGAGCUACCAGAGCAUAUCCUAGGAGCGCUUGCCAUCAAUUUCAGCGGUUACGACCGUUUCAGACGCGUUCGUUCAGCCCGUACAGACACGAGCGUGUUCUUGAUCAGCCUUUUGCUGCGUCAGCUCAUCUCAGCAAGCGCAUGUUGCCUUUUGAUGCCUCUCUCCUCCCCAUCCAUUCAAACAUCCCACUGGCGGUUAUUUUGUAGUCGUCUCAGAGACCGUCAGCUCAUCCCAAGCCCCCCUUGCUUCCCACAUGUGGCUUGGCCAAAGAAGGUGGAGGGUGGGCUGGUAGCUUCCCUGGAUGUGUGCUGGUGGACAUUCGUAUUACGAGGGAUUGCCUUCAAGAGGCGCCUCACAAACCGUCAGCACAUCCCCAUCCCACAUGUGGCUCGGCCAAAGCAGGUGGAGGAUGGGCUGGUAGCUUCCCUGGAUUUGUGUCGGAAGACUUUCGGAUCGAGAGGCAUUGCCAUCCUGAGCAACUCUGCAGGGUUGAAGCAGUACGACCCUGAUGGCUCCUUGGCAGCAGCAAUGGAGCAGGCCCUGGGGGUGCCUGUGAUUCUUCACUCGGAGAAGAAACCUGGUGGGGGAGCAGCAGAGCUGGAGACACACUUCGGAUGCAGAGCAGAGGAGAUGGUUAUGGUUGGAGAUCGGUGUCUGACAGACAUUGUGUUUGGCAACCGCAACGGGCUUCUCACUGUUUUGACGGCUCCACUUUCUCCAGGGAAAGAUCCCUUAGUUGUCCAGCAGGCUCGCAAGUUUGAAGAUGUGCUUGUGACAACCCUUCACAGACGAGGGGUUCAGGCACCUCCGCAACUCACUCCCUCUCAUCGCCCUCGCGCACUCCCCUCCCGUCGCCUUCGCGCACUUCCCUCCCGUCGCCUUCGCGCACACCCGUCCCGUCGCCUUCGCGCACUCCCCUCCCAUCGCCUUCGCGCACUCCCCUCCCGUCGCCUUCGCGCCUCCCCUCCAAAGAGGAUGAUCACUCCCUCCCGUCGCCCACGCUUCCUUCCUGACGCACGAUCACGCUCCCUCCCCUCCCGUCGCCUUUGCGCGACGCCUCUUUCGCCCCUCCUCACUCUCUUCCGUCGCCCACGCUCACUCCCCUCCCGUCGCCCACGCUCACUCCCCUCCCCCUCGCUCAUGCUCACUCCCCUUACGUCAUGUACGCGCACACCCAUCCGUCACUACUACCGCUCCCUCCCUCCCGUCGCCCACGCUCCCUCCCCUCUAACGAGAAUGGGGACUCCCCGCGCCUUGCAACUCUCCUUCCUCCUGCUACGCCACACCCCACACUCUCGUCUCUCCAUCCCUCAUCUCCCCUUCCCUCGUCUCCCCAUCCCUCAUCUCCCCAUCCCUCAUCUCCCCUUCCCUCAUCUCUCCAUCCCUCGUCUCCCCAUGCCUCAUCUCCCCAUCCCUCACCUCCCCAUGCCUCACCUCCUCAUCUCUCAUCUCCCCAUCCCUCAUCUCCGCAUCCCUCAUCUCCCCAUCCCGCAUAUCCCCAUCCAUCAUCUCCCCUUCCCUCACCUCCCCGUCCCUCAUCUCCCAAUCCCGCAUCUCCCCAUCCCUCAUCUCCCCAUCCCUCAUCUCCCCAUCCCUCACCUCCCCAUCUCUCACCUCCCCAUCCCUCAUCUCCCCAUCCCUCACCUCCCCAUCUCUCACCUCCCCAUCCCUCACCUCCCCAUCCCUCACCUCCCCAUCCCUCACCUCCCCAUCCCUCAUCUCCCCAUGCCUCACGCCAUCUCCGCUGCACCCCGUGGCAUCGUCACACGUCGCCAUUUCCCACCUCUUCCUACUUCCCAUCCCCCUCUUCCGCCCUUCCUCCCCCCUUCUCUCAAUCCCUUCCUCUCGCCCUGA